AUUUUUCUCUCCCUGGAAUGGUACGCUCCUCCCUGCAGGAAUAUCACCAUUCUGUCGGCUGCCCUUGGUUUCCUGUUUAGGCUGCUAUCGCGAAGCUGACCAUGGCGGCCACUGAAAUAGCUCGGCAAGCGGGUGAAGGUGUGCGAUCCGUUCCGCUCUCUGGCCAUGUGGGCUUUGAUAGCAUGCCGGACCAGCUGGUCAACAAGUCAGUCAGCCAGGGAUUCUGCUUCAACAUCCUCUGCGUUGGUGAGACGGGCCUGGGAAAGUCCACCUUGAUGGACACUCUGUUCAACACCAAGUUUGAGGGAGAGCCGACCACACACAACCAGCCGGGUGUGCAGCUGAAGUCCAACACCUAUGAGCUGCAGGAGAGCAACGUGCGGCUCAAGCUGACUGUGGUCAACACCGUGGGCUUCGGGGACCAGAUUAACAAGGAGGACAGCUACAAAUCCAUUGUGGAGUUCAUCGACACUCAGUUUGAGGCCUACCUGCAGGAAGAGCUGAAGAUCCGUCGCACACUGCACAGCUACCACGACUCGCGCAUCCAUGCCUGCCUGUACUUCAUCGCCCCCACUGGCCACUCGCUCAAGUCCCUCGACCUGGUCACCAUGAAGAAGCUGGACAGCAAGGUCAACAUCAUUCCCAUCAUCGCCAAGUCGGACGCCGUCUCCAAAAGCGAACUCGCCAAGUUUAAGAUCAAGAUCACAAGUGAGCUGGUCAGCAACGGAGUUCAGAUCUAUCAGUUCCCCACUGACGACGAGACUGUGGCCGAAAUCAACUCCACCAUGAAUGGACACUUGCCGUUCGCCGUGGUCGGAAGCACUGAGGAAGUGAAGAUCGGGAACAAGAUGGUGAAGGCGCGUCAGUACCCCUGGGGAACCGUGCAGGUGGAGAACGAGAGCCACUGCGACUUCGUGAAGCUGCGGGAGAUGCUGAUCCGCGUGAACAUGGAGGACCUGCGCGAGCAGACGCACACCCGCCACUACGAGCUGUACCGCCGCUGCAAGCUGGAGGAGAUGGGCUUCAAGGACACGGACCCCGACAGCAAGCCCUUCAGCCUGCAGGAGACGUACGAGGCCAAGAGGAACGAGUUCAUGGGUGAGCUGCAGAAGAAGGAGGAGGAGAUGAGGCAGAUGUUCGUGCAGAGGGUGAAGGAAAAGGAGGCGGAGCUCAAGGAGGCAGAAAAGGAGCUGCACGAGAAGUUUGACCGGCUGAAGAAGCUCCACCAGGAUGAGAAGAAGAAGCUGGAGGAUAAGAAGAAAUCCUUGGAGGAGGAGCUGAACGCCUUCAAGCAGAGGAAGACGGCUACAGAGCUGCUGCAGUCCCAGGCCCAGCAGGCAGGGGGCUCCACCACACUCAAGCGAGACAAGGAGAGGAAAAACUUCUUUUAAUACAGUGUGUCUUGGCUGCCUGACUGAAGAGGGGAUUUGCUGCGCUCCCUGGAAGUAGCCAUCUGUCUCGCUCAUACUGCCCUGUCUAUCCUGAUCUCUCUGCCCCCCCCACCCCCUGCCCCUGACAUGUUGUCCAUCCUGCUAACUGUGGCAUUUGGUGAGGGUAAUUUAAAAAAAUAUAGGGCAGCCUCUGAUGCCUGGCCUCGUGCAUGUCGCUGAAGGUCUGUGGAACAUGUGUGUGUGUGUGUGUGUGUGUGUGUGUGUGUGUGUGUGUGUGUGUGUGUACACGUGUGCGCGCGUGUGUGUGUACGUGUGUUUUUUUUUUUUAUUAUUAUUUUUUUUCUUUACCUGAUCCUUACUGCAUUUACCUGCAGUUGUUAAUUUGCCCCCCUUAGCAAGGUAAUUCAGAGAGAGAUAAGUAAUGAAGCUUCCAUUACGUUUGGAACGUAGGUUCCAAAUUAUAAAGACGAAUGGACAUAUUGCUCAAAACAGCGGAGGUUGAUGUAAAAUAUCGGGUGCUCUAGGCAGCUAUGUUAUUGAAUACAACUAGUAUAAUUUUGUACGUCUAUUUCCUCAUAUAAUGGCUUUUUCAUUUCAUAAUGUGCUUAAGAUUCCUGAAGUGUUUUUGCAAAAAAUCAGCCGACUGACCUGUUGUGUGGUUGUUUAAAGCCAAAUAUUAAUGCAUGUCAGAUACCACAAUUUUAUUAUUAUUUUUUUUAAAUAACUACACACGUGCUAAUUGCUGCGGUGAAUUUUAAUUAAUUUCUUCGGUAGUCCGAAGCUCAGAGUCUAUGGUAUUGAAGAAGGCGGAUAUGACGGCUUUGGGAUGUUGCCGGAACCGUACAGCCUUAUUUCAAUUUUGCACUGCAGCACCGAUUCAGAGAGACACAGAAGCCACAGGAAACCAUGCAAUAAAUGAAUUGAAGCAAAAAGUAUCUAAGGAUUAAAUGAAUGCAUUUUUCUGAGUUUAACACCAUUUAUCUAUUACAGGUCACACAGUCUAUUAUGCAUUUUGUCUACAUCCAAUUUGCAUGCUACUGCAAAAAUCUGUCUUGGAUAACUUAAAACAAAUAGAUUCUGUACAUAAUUUAUGUUUGAGUUUGGAUGUUUUAUUUUUACAGAAGUGGUUUUAGCUCUUUUUUCCACAUUUGUAUUUAUAAAUUGCUUUGCCAAAUGCUGCAGUGAACCAUGUAUCGUACCAGUAUUGAAUCAUUGUGUCCUCAUGGUCAUUUUUAAUACUUUUAAGUAAAGGAAAUCCUAUUGAUUUGUAAUUUUUAUUUUUUUGAAAAAACAUGCCUUGUCAAGUUCCAAUAAGCUUAGUAACUACCCACCUGAUAUCUGGAGAACAAUUCUUUAUGUAAACUUCAUAGUGUUAUAUUUUCUGUUGUGUGCUUCAUGACUCUGACCCAUUUUACAGCUACGAUGUUUUAUUGUAGUAUCAUUACACUGGUGUAAAUUUUAAAUAAAAAUAUAUAUUUUAAAAAACCAU